GACUGGGACUAGGCGAGAGUCUGAAAGGCCAGGUGCAGCAAUGUGGUGGGCGAAGCGAACUCCUUCCUGGUUCUGCACACUGCUCGACGCAGAGGGAGCCAGGUUCUGGACCGGGCGGCGCACAGCCUCGGGCGGCCUGGAGAACCCGGGCUCCUGCAGGGGAGAGCUGCAAGGCGAGCUGGACAGAUUUGGGGGCGUCUCGGUGCACUUGUCGCGGCACCGCACGCUGCACGGACUGGAUGCCGCCGCCUUCCGGAGGCUCUUGCAGGCCGCCGUUCAGCAGUGGCGGACAGAAGGAAGGAUAGCCGUGUGGCUACACAUCCCCAUCCUGCAGAGCCACUUCAUCGCCCCUGCCGCUUCCCUGGGCUUCUGCAUCCACCAUGCAGAACCGCAUUCCUCAACGCUGACUCUGUGGCUGGGAGAAGGACCCAGCAGGCUCCCGGGGUAUGCCACACACCAAGUGGGGGUUGCAGGUGCUGUAUUUGAUGUUAGUACCAAGAAAGUACUGGUUGUACAAGAUCGAAAUAAAUUGAAAAACAUGUGGAAGUUUCCGGGAGGCCUGUCAGAGCCGGGAGAAGAUAUUGGAGACACAGCAGUCCGGGAGGUUUUUGAAGAGACUGGUGUCAGGUCAGAAUUCAGGUCCCUGUUGGGCAUCCGGCAGCAACACAGGAGCCCUGGGGCCUUCGGGAUGUCAGACAUGUACCUGGUCUGCCGCCUGCAGCCACUUUCCUUCACCAUCAACUUCUGCCAGCAGGAAUGCUUGAAGUGUGAAUGGAUUGAUCUAGAAUACCUGGCCCGGACUAAACACACGACGCCUAUCACCAGCAGGAUGGCAAGGCUUCUGCUGUACGGACACAGGGAAGGGUUUGACAAAAUUGACCUCAGCAUGGAGGAAUUCCCUGCCGUGCACACAGGCCUGUUCUACAAACUCUAUCACAGGGAACUGCCAGAGAGUUACAGGGCUGCAACGGGGACAGACUGAAUGCCA